UUUGAAUUACAAUUUAUGUCGAGAAGAAGAAGCAUCAUCUGCGCACUAAAAAUGUAGACUUGAAAAGUCGCAGGAAGAUGGAAAUUUGUACUUCAAGUACACUCAAGGCAGUUAGUGACUUUAUCAUAUUGGAUGCAAGCCAGCUCAUGCGCUUACGUGUAGUUUUUCCACCAUAACUAAAUAUACAGUAAGGUUUAUAGCGACCCGGAGCUGCCAUUGAGUUAGCGUUAGCUCUGCUAGGUAUCCGCUACUUGGCUAACAUCGGUGAUACACAAGUUGUGCAUCAUGGCCUCAGCUGACGUAAAAAUGCCAGAAAUGAGUGAGGUCGUAAUUGUGACAGUGUCCGAUGACACGUCUGUGGCGGAGGAGGAUAAAGCGGUGUUGGUGGCCGCACAGCUCAGCCAUCAGCCAGGGGAGCAGGUUCUCACAGUCACUCAUGUGGAAAAUGAUGAUUCGAGUAAACCAGGUUCCUUGUCCAAUGAGGAAGCAGUAAUUGUGAAGCUAACAGAGGAGGUGGACAUGGAGGCUGAUGUGCUGUACCCCAUCACGUGUGGAGAUGCCACAGCCACAUUGGUGUGGAAGAAGUUUGUUUGCCCCGGGAUUAAUGUGAAAUGUGUCCAGUUUAAUGAUCAACUCAUCAGCCCCAAGGAGUUUGUCUGCCUUGCAGGCAAGUCCACACUGAAGGACUGGAAAAGAGCCAUCCGACUCAACGGUACCAUGCUCAGGAAGAUCAUGGAUUCCGGCGAGCUGGAAUUCUAUCAUCACGCAAAGGUCUGCUCCAACACCUGCCGCAGCACAAAGAUUGACCUAUUGGGAACUAAAUUGGCCACCGGCUCAGACCAGUCUGCUGACCUGGCUGCUGCCACCUCAUCCAUUGCUUACUUGAAUGGAGACUCCCGCCCUGAGGGAUCAGAGGGACCUUCAGAGGGAGUCACAGCCGUUGGAGAGGAUGCGCUGUCAUUCUGGCGUGCACUGAAGGACGCAGGGCUGCUGGAGGAGGUGAUUGAGGACUUCCAGAAGGAGCUCCAAGAGGUCCUAAAGGGGCUACACGAGAGAGUGUGUGAGCCAUCACUGCAGGUCAAAGAUGCAGCUUUGCUUGACAGCAUCGUGCACAACUUUGGAAUGCUGGAUCUUGUGAAGAAGGUUUUGAGCAGUCAUAAGAGCCAGAUGGACCAUUACAGAGAGCAGUACACCAGCAGCCUCGCUGGUCAGUCUCUUGAGCAACAGUGUGAUGAGCACAGGAAGCGAGCCAAGGAGCUGAAAAGCAAAUCUCAACACCUCAACAGCGUCCUGAUGAACCUCGCGCCUGCAGCCCCGGCGCCCAAACGCUCCCGGAUGGGACGCAUUGUCGGUCCCGCGCCCACACAGGUCGCGAUGCCUCUCAGCCAGCUGAGCGCCGUGCCACUCGGCAAGCUCCUGACCGUAGCGGGUCAUCCAGCUGCCACCAACCUGGGCGGCUACACUCUGCUGACCUCGCCGCUCAACGGCUCGGAGCUGGCGGCCGACGCUUCCAACCUGACGGUGCUCUCCGCUGUGGCGGGUCAAGAGGGGACGUCUUCAGAGAGCGGCACUGUCGUCUCUUCGACCUUUGUCAAAAUGGUCAGCCCUCAGUUCCAGUUGGUGACGCUGCAGGGCCUGGCCGCCGCACAAAACACGAGCAUCGCACAGCCGGUCGGCAGCGUUGCUGUGGUGGACGGCACGGCCACAACCACAGACAUUUUCCUACAGGGAGUCCACGCUGGUGAGAAUGAAGAAGGUCAGCACAAUGAGGUGAGAGUGGAUGACAUGCAGCAGCUGGUGGAGCAGCAAUGAUGGCAAGUACGCAUUUCCUAUGUUCAGGGACACAUUGGGGGUGGGGGGUGUCUUUGUUUGAAAUGAGAAAUUUUUUGUUGAUUAAUGUAUUUAAGACCAUUGCAGUAUUGAGCUUUUUCCUCAUCCAUUUAGAGUAAUUAAUACAGUAGCCGAAGAAAGGUUAUUCAGUGAAUCCCCGCACUUAGCGGUUUGGCUUUUGUGAAUUUGUUUAUUUACAGAUUAAUUAAUUUAUUUUUUUUAAGAAGUCCUCUGUAAUUUGCUGAAAAGCUCACAUUGUCACUGAGGUCAAAGCAAUAGAAGAAUUGCUUUACCUCAAUUUUGUGGCAUCUUGGUACUGAUGAAUUACGUUGAAAUGGGUUAAAAAGCUUUAUUUGGACAAAUGUUGCGCUUGGAUGCCAUCUUGUGGCAUUCGUAAAUAUCAACGUUUUUCGAAUGGUGCCAUUUGCUCAUGAAUUUUUCACUAUUUGCGGCAGCACUCGGUCACUCACAAAUAGCGGUGUUUCACUGUACAAAAUUUGAGGCUUCCUUGAAAAGGCAGCAACUCAAUUUUUGUCAUUGUUCGCCAGAUAACAAGGAAUUGUUGUGAAGGAUUGUGCUUAUCUGUGCUAAGUUUGAGCAUCCUUUAUUCGAUACAAUUAUCUUUUGGCGACAUGGGGAAUCGGAACACAGAAAGUGCCUCAACCAAAGAUGUAUUUGCCUUGUAGUAAACAGUCACCAGCCAAGAGAAAAGAACACAAACACACUCAUGGAUGUCCUGCCGGUGUUUCCCGUGUUGUGUUUCUCUUGGCUGAGUUCCUUGUCUACCAGCAUGUUGCCAUGCUACUUAUACUGACGAUCAACAAAAUGUUUCAAAUACUUUACUUUUGGUUUUGCUCAUCAAGAUGUUUUGUAAAUAUGCCUUUGUGUUGAACAUGAAUUAUUUGAUUUGGACAUUUUAAUUUAUGAAAUAAAUGCUUUAGUGCAUAUUGCAUAUGAACAA